CCGGGCCUCUCCACGUCCCCGCCCCGCCGCGCCUGGCUGGAGGCGGCGGUGGCGGUGGCGGUGGCGGUGGCGGCGGCGGCUCCCGGAGCCGACGCGACUCCGGCCCCCGCGGCGGGACCCGGGUCUCCAGGAGCCCGACCUGCACCAAAGUGAGUGGAGGAUGGAAACGUGGGCUCAGCCAUGUCUCUGGGCCGCCUCCUUCGCCGGGCCUCCUCCAAGGCCUCGGACCUCCUGACCCUCACCACGGGGGGCGGCGGCGGGUCCCCCUCCGUCUUGGAUGGAGAGAUCAUCUACUCCAAGAACAAUGUUUGUGUACACCCACCUGAGGGGCUGCAGGGCCCUGGGGAGCACCAUCCAGGCUACCUGUGCCUAUACAUGGAGAAGGACGAACUGCUGGGGGCCACCCUCAUUCUGGCGUGGGUCCCCAACUCUCGCAUCCAGAGGCAGGAUGAGGAGGCCCUGCGCUACAUCACCCCUGAGAGCUCCCCUGUGCGCAAGGCACCCCGUCCUCGGCGACGGCGCACCACAAGCUUGGGGGCCCCCUAUCAACCCUCCCCUACAGAACCAAGGCCUCCCCUAAUCCCUAAAGAUGAGGACAUUCUGGUGGUUACCCAAAACACCAGGGACACCGUGCACAUUAGCCCUUCAUGCGAAAAUGGCGAGAAGCUGGCCCAGGGUCCAGAGGUAGAUGGGAUCCUGCCCGCCUCACAGCCUGCCCACAGCGACUCCGGGAUUCUGUCUGCAGUCAGCUCGCAGGAUGGGAUGGAGGAUGGCAGGGAGCCACGGCCUGAGGCUGGGGAGGAAGAGGGCUCCUUGGAGCUGUCGGCCGAUGGCGUGAGCAGGGACAGUUCCUUUGACUCUGACUCUGAUGCCUUCUCUUCGCCCUUCUGCCUCUCGCCCAUCAGCGCAGCCCUGGCGGAGGGCAGCAGCUCUGCGUUCCUGGAGAGCGAGGGCAGUUCCCCCUCCAGCUCUGAUGCCAACCUGCGGUUCCCAGGCAGCAAUGGCCUCCUGCAGACACCCCGCUGGGAUGAGCCGCAGAGGGGGUGUGCCCUGGAGCAGAUCUGCGGAGUGUUCCGGGUGGACUUGGGUCACAUGCGCUCCCUGCGUCUCUUCUUCAGUGACGAGGCCUGCACGAGUGGUCAGCUGGUGGUGGCCAGCCGAGAGAGCCAGUACAAGAUUCUCCACUUCCACCACGGCGGCCUGGACAAGCUCUCCGAGGUGUUCCAGCAGUGGAAGUUCUGCACUGAGACGCACCUCAGGGACCAGCAGGUUACCGAUGAGAGGACAUGCAUGCAGUUCUCCAUCCGAAGGCCCAAGCUGCCAUCGUCUGAGACUCACCCCGAGGAGAGUCUGUACCGGAGGCUGGACGUGUCUGCCUGGCUUAGCCACCUGAAUGAGCUAGGCCAGGUAGAAGAAGAAUACAAGAUGCGCCAGGCCAUUUUCUUUGGCGGCAUUGAUGUGUCGAUCCGGGGGGAGGUCUGGCCUUUCCUGCUGCGCUAUUACAGCCACGAGUCCACAUCCGAGGAGCGUGAGGCGCUGCGGGCACAGAAGCGAAAGGAAUACUCUGAGAUUCAGCAAAAAAGGCUCUCCAUGACCCCCGAGGAACGCACAGCCUUCUGGCGCAAUGUGCAGUUCACCGUGGACAAAGAUGUGGUUCGGACAGAUAGGAGCAACCAGUUCUUCAGAGGGGAGGAUAACCCCAACGUGGAGAGCAUGAGGAGGAUCCUGCUGAACUAUGCCGUGUACAACCCGGCCAUCGGCUACUCUCAAGGGAUGUCUGACCUGGUGGCGCCCAUCCUGGCCGAGGUCCUGGAUGAAUCGGACACCUUCUGGUGCUUUGUGGGUUUGAUGCAGAAUACAAUCUUCGUCAGCUCUCCUCGGGAUGAGGACAUGGAGAGACAGCUGCUGUACCUGAGGGAGCUGCUCCGUCUAACGCACCCGCGUUUCUACCAGCACCUGGUCUCGCUGGGUGAGGACGGCCUCCAGAUGCUCUUCUGCCACCGUUGGCUACUGCUGUGCUUCAAGCGAGAGUUCCCUGAGGCCGAGGCUCUGCGGAUCUGGGAGGCCUGCUGGGCCCACUACCAGACUGACUACUUUCACCUGUUCAUCUGCGUGGCCAUCGUGGCCAUCUAUGGGGAUGACGUCAUGGAGCAACAGCUGGCCACAGACCAGAUGCUCCUGCACUUUGGAAACCUGGCCAUGCAUAUGAAUGGAGAACUGGUACUCAGGAAGGCCAGGAGUCUCCUGUACCAGUUCCGCCUGCUGCCUCGGAUCCCCUGCAGCCUACACGACCUGUGCAAGCUGUGUGGGACGGGCAUGUGGGACAGUGGGUACAUGCCUGCUGUGGAGUGUGCCGGCCACCACCCAGGCUCGGAGAGUUGUCCCUACGGGGGCACGGUGGAGACAUCUUCACCUAAGCCCAUGACAGAAGGCAAGAAGGGCCCAAAGGUGCCGCGGGAAGCCUUUGGUUUCCGAAGAUAGGGAAACCUCUGUCCUCAACAAGGGAUUGAGGGGACCUCAUGGAGGUCGUGGGCAGUGGGAGGGGGUGGGGAUGGGCAUGGAGGAAAAAGGAUCGCAAGGAAAUGCCUCUGGCCACUGUGAAUGGUUCCAUGAUGACCACAUCAGAGUCCAGAAGUGACAGCAGGUACCAGCCACCCUGAGAAGUCAGCUCCUGAAACAUUGGCCCAGGAUGCCUGGCUGAUCCUCAGGAUGCACCCAGAGUUUGCUGACCCUCUGGACUGGCCUGGAGAUUUCAGCAUGGCCCAGGUGACCCUUCUCGUCAGGCAGUGGACAAAGCAGAGUCUGGAAGGGCCUCGUCCAUCCACCAGCACCAAAGGACUCAGGGGAGCAGGACGUCCUGUUGAGGCAGAGACAUCCCUGCAAUCCAGAUGCUUCCUAACCAGACCCUGUGCUCUGAGUGAGCCAAGGACGUUUCGGAAGUUUCCCCGGCCACAGCUGCAAAACUGGUGUGGCGACAUCUGCAAAAAAAGCAAAAAGGAAAAAAAAAGAGAAAAAAGAAAGACAAGUUGGAGAGCAGGUGUUCAGAGCCGGCGUCCCACACUGUUUGUGUGAGUGUUCUGUGCUCUGCUGUGAGAAGGACGGGCCCACCCCAAGCUAGAGCCAUGGGCUGGUGGACAAGUGUCAGAUGCAGCCCCACUGGGGUUUCCCCUGAGGACCCAAGAUGUGGUCGAUGAUCUUUCCACCAAAAACAGCGACCCAUGGGAGCCUGAAUGGGUUGAAGGGUUUGCACAAGGCCCUCUGAUGAGCACCUGCUCAGUCCUGGGAAGGGGGGAAGGAGAGUAACUGCUCAGCCAAGACAAAGGCUCCUGAACCAGCUGAGCGGGUACUCCACGCCCCCACCCCCACUCCCCCACCCACAGGACCUGGGUCCCUUCUGUGUUCACCAUCCAUCAGCGUCUCCACUGGCUGUGCUGCACUGGGGUACUCUGCCUCUUAAGACCCCGCCACGACCCUGUCCUUCAAGGCUAAGGAUCAGAGUCAAGGGUGUGUCACAGAGAACUAGCAAAGAACCUUGAUCAAGGGUUGAGUUGGUAUAGAACAGAAGGCAGUUGGGGGGGUUCUUGGCCUUUCACACCUAGAGGGGCGCUGCAGGACAGCGCCACAUUUAAGAAGUGUUUCUCAGGCUGGGCGUGGUGGCGCACACCUUUAAUCCCAGCACUUGGGAGGCAGGGGCAAGUGGAUCUCUGUGAGUUCAAGGCCAGCCUGGUCUACAUAGUGAUUUCCAGGACAGCUGGGGCUACGGGGAGACCCUGUCUCAAAAAGACAAAAAAAAAAAAAGGUGUUUCUCAGCAGGAAAGUGCUCCCCUUUCUCCAUGAGCCCAUCUCCUCUCUGCAGACUUGCUGUCCAGGAGCCUUUGGAGGUCAUCCUAGAGUCUCAGUGGUGUCUAAAUCUUGGGGUACUGCCUAUUACAGUGCAGCAGUGAGGUCCUGGGGGUGAGCUUUUCAUCUGCCCUGCUUUCCGUGUGGCUCCUGACCCCCUUGGGAGCUCGAGCCACAAAGAGGCACGUUUGUCCAUCACCACAGUAACACUAUACAGGUGAUAACCCCAGUGGCCUAGACCCAACACACACACCUCUUUGGGUCAGCAGUCCAGGCUGGCCAGUGUUGGUCUUGGAUAGGGAUGGUUGAUUCUGGGGUCACAGAUUCUAAAGUCCCAGUGGGAUACUUGCUGUGUAUUCUGGGAGGCAGCACUGGUCUGUGGUUCUCGGGUCACCCCAUAAAGAAAGGUGCGUGUGUAAAGGUAGGAAUGGGCAGUGUCUUUCUGAGCCUUGGUGGGCACCACACUUGCGAACCACCUGAUGGGUCAAGCAUCUGGUGGUACGGAAGUGAACCCCCGUCUCUGGGUCUGCUCUGAAUGUGACAAAAGCCUGGGUGAGGACCGGGGCCACUGUCCCAGUCUGCCCACCAUCCCCAGGAAGUCUAGGUAUAGAUAACCCCUUUCCCAGGGAGAAAGACAGCUUCUGUCCCACCCCCUCCCCAGGACCGCAUCCCUAUGCUGUACCCCAGCUUCUGCAUACUCUCCUGUGUUGGAUGGGCACAUAGGGAGCAGGUCCAGGGACCUAAUCACCCUGGAGGGUCUCAAGUAGAAAGCAUUUUUUCUGAGUCUCUGGCUCCCACAGUCCCCCAAGUGCUCCCCAACACCUGACCUGGGCUGGCUGCAACCCUAUUCAAGGUGUCCCCACACCCCUCACACCCCUCUGGACACUUUCCGUGGACUGCAGAGACCCUGGUGUCACCUGCAUCGUCAGGCCAGCUGGAGACUCUGCAGUGUGGGUGUGUGGGCUCUGUAGGAGCCUAGCUUGCCUCUGAGGAGCUGUGAGGCCCCACCCUGCACAGCAACUUAAUCUGGAUGCAAUUAGAGGAAACCAGCCAAAACCCUGCGGCAGCUGUUACCCCAGGAUUAUUCCCAGCCAGCAAAAGGCAUUAGGGUGAUAAUUCAGUCAUUAGACUUCUAGCCUUCCUACCGCCAGGACGUGCAAAUCAAGGGUAAUCAGCCUGCACGCUGUCCCGGCCAGGAGACUUAUUUAACCCAUUUUUUAAAAUGACACUUAAUGUUACUGGCCAGCACGUGUAUAUGCGCAUACUUAAAAGUUGGGGCAUCCCGCCCCGCGACGUUGCCUGAUGCCAUCCAAGGCCUCUGGGAAGAGAGGACAUCUUAGAUGUGUGUGUCCUGGCAUUGACGGGGCAAUGUGUGAGGCAUGAUGCCCACCUAGGAAGGGGCUGCUGCUGGUUCAUUCCCCUGGCAGGGGGUAUUGGACAUUGCUUCUCCAGAAAGUUCCACCUCAAGUCCUGACCAAGAGGCCAGCCCACAUCUUCAGAGGAGCAGAGCUGGGUCUGUUAGAGGUCUUGGGCCCUGUGGUCCACAGAUAGUACUUCCUGGUUCCUGAAUAACCAAGGUCAGGGAGGGGAGGGGGAAGAUUUUGACCUUGACUUUUUUUUGAAGCUUUCCUUGAAAGCAGUGUGAAGCCAUGGAGGAGGUGAACACUAGCCCAGAUGAGGGUCCCCUAGAAGCAGGGUCUUUGAUGGCCUUGGCCUCAGAGGGGCGGCGCAGUGGGGAAAUCCGGUGAGGCCUGUAAUGGUCCUCAGCUCUCCUGCCUGCUUUUGUAUAUUGGUUUUAGUCCCGUCUGGGUCUUGUUGCUGCUGUGCUGAGGGGUCUACCCAGGACCGUGCCUGUGCUAGGGUGCUGCCCCUGCUGAGCAGUAUCCCUAACUCCUGUCUGCUCUUGUUUGGCAGAAUCAAUUCACAGUGCCCAGAGCCCCCCGGAGCUCCUUCCGUGUCAGCCUCCUCCCCCUCCGAGGAGACUGGGGUGCCAGGGACACCCUAGACUGGCCUAGCAGCAGGAAGGAGCCUGGCAGAGACCCCUGGAAGUUGCCUUGCCUAGGAGGGGAGAGGAUGACAGGCCCCCUGGAAGAACUUGCACACACAGGGGGUGUGGCCUGGGUCAGAGGCUGGCUAGGAUCAGCCACCCAGCUGAGCCUCAGGGAGGGAACCUGGAGGCUAGCCUAAGGCUAGGUCUGCUAGGUCCCUGAAAAGCCAAACGGCCCCAGGACCUUAUGUUUCUAACGAGACCGGAAUGUGUUCUGUCUUGAUCUAGUAAGAACCACCCCAAAUCUAAGACUCCAGAUGCCUCCCUGGGGGUGAGUGGGGCAUCCCUGUCCCCAGCUGUUCCCUUUGCCAGUACAAGGAAGGCCCUCAGUCAGGCUCCCUCAGAGGACUGCUGCUGUGGGGACUCUCGUGUAAAAGUUGCCACGGAGGUGGCUAACCAUGGCCCAGGGACCUCACCUGCCACUCAGGGACGAGCCCACUGGCCUUACCCUUCCACAGCAGUGACUGAGGGGGACCACCCAUCCCACCUGAGCACUCUCCCCUGGUUUGGAGUCAGCACAUCUGCCUUGCUGUGUGUGUCUGAUGCAGAGGGCCAGCCUCUCUGUGCCUCCUAUGUAAAGUUGACCCCACGCUGCCCACCUCUGCCUACCCUGAAGAAAAAAUGAGCCACAAAGUCUCCUUUGGCAAUCGCGGCCUACAUGUGUGUGGGUGUGCACACGUGGAUGUGCAAAGCUCUCCCAUGGACCGCCUUACCUUACCCCUCAGCUGUGGAGGCACCUGCUGCCACCUGGCCUUUAAAUACACUUCGUCCAGUUUCCAGGUAGGAAGGUAGAGGUUCCGGUUCAAAGAGAUCAAAUCACAGUACUGCCUGCCUUCACACUUUCAGCGUAAGGAGGACAGGUUUGUUGUUUUUAAAGGAAAAGUUCAUGAAAUUUCCACAGACAUCACCAAUGUCUAUGGAAAGUGAUUUGUUCUGUGUUUUGUUUUGUUCUUUUUUAAAAAAACAAUUCCCCUCACUGGUCAGGGUCAGGACUGGUCUCCAUCAUGACCGCUGUUAGUCACCACUCAUGGAUUCCAUACAAAAUAAAUAAAUGGUAUUGCAAGAAGAA